AUCACAACCAUCACGACGGGCUCCUACGCCAUGAGCCCUGCGCAGUCCCACAGUAGUCGCAUAGCGCCCACGUUGUACGAUGCAGAAAAACAAAGUGCGCCGCCGUGUUCUCGCUUGUGCCAGGUGCAGAAAGAGGAAGCUUGCGUGCGAUUUUAAAGUGCCAGACUGCACGCGAUGCGUGGCUGCGGGUGUGAGAUGCGUUGGCUUUGAUUCUUCCACAGCCUCGACUUUGCCGUAUAGGAGUAUUGCCGAUCACUUGGAAGCUCACAUCGCCCGUCUGGAGGGAGCUCAGAGCCCGCCGGCGUCCAGACGCUUUGGUCAGUUGUCGCCUGCGGCUUCCUUCACUUCUGAGGCACAUUCGAGCUGCCAUGGCGCGGAAAAGUGUGCUUUCGCCGACAGCCUGGUCAACCAAGCCAUGGAGGACAUUACCCCACCAUUCCUCGGUGUUUCCAAGGCGAGGCCGAUCCUGCAGUGUGUCGUCAAAGGGACAUCACUGCCGUCGAGGAAGGGACCUGUUGGAUCUACCGACCUGGACGAGAACCACCCCAGGUCCAUCAUCAACCCUCCAACCAUCAGUCUGUUCCGCGACCUGAUUGCCGAUGAGAAUGGCGCCAAGAUUUUGUUCGAAAACUACCUCGAACGGAUCAUCACGCAGUAUCCCAUAUACCACCGGACUGAUGUCACGACGGCGUUCAAUUCCAUCUAUCCGCAGAAGCCAACAAAAGCGGGAGAAGACUGUGUACGCAACCAGUACAUAGUAUGCAUGAUCAUGGCCAUUUCAUUGAGUACGCACGCGCGCAAGAACGUGGUCAAAGCGAACCAGCAGGCGUUUCAGCUCGUCAGGUGCGCCAUGCAGUGGAUCCCCAAAGUCGCAACCAACGACAUUGCUGGUCUGCAGGCGAUUCUCCUUCUGACGCAGUACAUCUUCCUUAAUCCCAGCAUGGCGGACCUCUGGCUUCUGACCGGGUUGAUCAGCCAGUCGGUCAUCGACCUGGGUCUGCAUCAAGAACUGCCGAACGAUGCCAAGAUUUCUGACUACGACCGCGAUAUGCGCCGGCGGCUGUUCUGGUGCGCUUGGGAAAUGGAGGUCGGCGUUUGCUCCAUCUUCCUCUUCCCUACCAGCCUGCCCAUCAAGGGCAUCCAGGUCAAGUUUCCGCUGGAGAUCGACGACACAGCCAUCACCCAGCACGGGACCGUUCCUGAAGGGCGCGUGUCAAAGUUUACGCAGCGGAUCAUCUGCAGCUUUCGAAUCGUCGAAGCAGAGUGCGUUUCAGUUCUGUGGCAAGACGAACCUAUUCCAAAGGAAUUCGAUUCUGUCGAGAGUUGGGAGCAAAGUUGCAUUGAGCGCAUCCAUCAAUGGCAGCGCGAGAUCUACGCUGCAGCACGCGCAAACAAGGAUCCCGGACUUCUGGCACGAUGGGAAGAGAUGACGCUGUACUCGGACAUUGCUGUGCCUUACAUCUCCUUCAUGCUCAACCGCCCAUCGAAACGCGUGCCGACACCCACCACAGAGCAGAGAAUGAUCGCGAUGACCAACGCGGUGAAGAUUGCUGCUGGCUACUUCAAGCAGUCAGAGGCUGCUCCUGGAAGGAUCAAAUACGUCUUCCACCCGUGCCAUCACGUGUUUCAUUGUGCGAUUGUGUUCCUGGAGGGCUUGCAGUAUUGCAAACAGGAGGUCCUGACGACAUACCUGUGGGAGCAGGUCCAGGAGUCGAUGAACGUCUUCGCCGAGUGCUUUCGGUCUAUUCGCGAGCGAUGGGCCGCUGCCACGCGCUGCCUCGAGGAGUACGAGAGAUAUCUCGCGCCCUUGAAGAAGGAGUACCAGGAACUGUUUGCUUCGAAGGCAAGCAUAAAAGCGCUGUCGGCGCCUCAAGCCGUCACUCCCAUCUCGUGCAGCCCUGGUCUCCACGACGAGUCGGGCCACGCGAUGAUCGAGGUGGGAGGAGGCUUGGCCCACUGGAAUCUGUUCAAUCCCACUGCGACAUCGGAGCCCAUCGAACCGCUCAACGCAUACACGUAUACUACGACACCCCGAGACUGGAAUGCGGAAUUCCAGCUGCACCCAGGCAUCGAGUGCAUGUAUGAGAUGGAAACCCACUGAUGCAGGCUGGCACAUCUGGAACAAUCAACAAUGUCAAUCGCCGAAUACAGAACACACACUGCGAUCAUCUCCCAAUAGGGAUGCAGUCGCGUGGUUUUCACGUCGGGAUCCUGCCAAUGCAUGCCUGGAUCCUGCAACAUGUGGCUGCCUGGAUAACGAUUCUCCCAGCCCGAGCAUUGGCCGCAGAACAAUCGUGCCAUCUCCAAACGGCAGCAAUCAUCGCUGCUGCGGCCCAAGUGGGCUGCCACCAUGGUAGCGUGGCGCGAGCCGCGAAUGAAGGUGCCGCAUGCACGGUAG